AUGAAUCCAGAGUAUUAGAGGAUCAAAUUCACUAUGCCCAGUUUGGACAAGUUUAUAAUAAUGGUAUUAUUAAAAGAAUUAGUCUUAGGAUUUUAACAAGAAAAUAGCAUUAGAAGAUUUAAAAUUUACAUUUACAAAUAUUCUUAAAAUUGACUUAUUUGGUUUAAAAGUUGAAUUUUUUAUUUCAAAAGGUUUUAACUUUAUUAGUUUAAACUCACAACUAUCAUUAUCUGGGCAACCUAAUUAGGAUCUCUUUAAACAAGAUAAUAACUUUAUUGAAAUCACAGUAAAAUUUGUGCAAGAAGGAGCAUGA